GCGGCUGUCAUGGCGGCCUGGGGCACGGUGCGGCCGGACGGAGAAGCAGCCGGGGGAGAGCGGCAGCUGUCCGGAGCCCCCGUGGCUUCCUCUGUGGUCCUCCUCGCUGCCAGCCGGAUGGGGAUGAUGGGGUUUGAAGCCCAAGCGGUUUGGGGGUGACGACCCUAAGAAGGGCAGAAAUUCAGACCAGGGAAGAUGUGCAGCGACUGAGUCUUAAAUGCAGCCGGCUGUUUGCUCCAUCCGUUUCCUUCUUCUGACCUGUAUUUCUGAGCGCACUGGGGCGUGGGGCAAAAUUUCCUGCUGUUUCUGUUCACUGCCUCUGGGGUACUUGGACAAAGGACUCUGAAUCUGCAGUAUCUUGUGGAGACCCUUCUCACUUUUUCUAUAAACCCCUGCCGGUGUAAAGAAUUGAAAAUGGCAGGGGAGCAGAAACCAGCCUGUAAUCUCCUGGAGCAGUUUAUUUUGUUAGCCAAAGGCACCAGUGGUUCAGCUCUGAUUGCCCUUAUCAACCAAGUGCUGGAGGCUCCUGGGGUUUACGUAUUUGGAGAACUACUGGAAUUAACUAAUGUGCAAGAGAUCGCUGAAGGGCCCAACGCUGCUUACUUUCAGCUGCUGAAUCUAUUUGCCUAUGGAACCUACCCGGAUUAUGUUGCGAACCAGAAUAAUCUGCCAGCUUUGACGGGGGCCCAGAAGAACAAGUUGAAGCAUUUGACAAUUGUCAGCUUAGCUUCCAGAAUGAAGCGCAUUCCUUAUUCAGUGCUGCUGAAAGACCUGGACGUGCGGAAUCUCCGGGAGCUGGAAGAUCUGAUCAUUGAAGCUGUUUACACUGACAUCAUUCAAGGCAAGCUGGAUCAGCGGAACCAAGUGCUAGAAGUGGAUUUCUGCAUCGGCCGGGACAUCCAAAGGAAGGACAUCAGCAACAUCAUUAAAACACUCAGUGAGUGGUGUGAUGGGUGUGAAGCUGUCCUGUUAGGAAUUGAGCAACAGGUACUUAGAGCCAACCAGCACAAAGAGAACCAUAACCGAACUCAGCAACAGGUGGAGACAGAGGUCCUGAACAUCAAGAAGACCUUAAAAGCCACCGCUUCUUCCUCCUCCUCUGCCCAGGAGAUGGAGCAGCAGCUGGUCGAACGGGAGUGUCCUCACCCAGAGCAGAGGCAGCCCACCAAGAAGAUGUCCAAGGUCAAAGGGCUGGUCUCCAGUCGCCACUAGUGCCCAGAGCUGCAGGAGAAGGGAGGCUGCUCAGGGCUCUCGGUGACUCUGGAGGAAGGGGUCCUGACCUCUUGUCUGCCUGCCUGCCCCCUCGCCCCCCACCCAAGGGCCUCCUUCCAUCAGCUUCUGGGCCAGUGGAGUUUUGAGGCCAGGAGCCCCAGGCCCAGCUGGCUCCAGACCUCAGCCUCCAUGGGAAGCGGCCAGCUUUUCAUAAGGACUUGUGGGUCCCCGUAUUUUGCCAGUGCAGAGGCAGGUGCUGAAUAAGGAGGUGGCAACCUUUGUGGUCGUUCCCAAGAGUGGCUGUAUCCCUGGGCAGCAGCGUACUUCCCCAUGUGGCAAAAGUGGCUUGAAGGCUGGGAGGUUGGAUUUCCAGGGGAGCCCCAACCGGCCAAAUCCCAGAGGGAGUGCGACAUUACUGCCUUCGCUGCUAUUUGCUCCUGUCCCCUUGGCCUUGAUCUUCGAAGUCAACUCUCUACCUCACGCUGGCGGGCGCCGGGCAUGUUUACUUACCAUCUGUCGUGCUCUCCUCUGAAGCCCGGGCGCUCCUGCCUUUUACAGCCUGGGUCCCUUGCUUGAAGCAGAGGAAGGGGAGAGAAGGUGGUGCUGAAGCAAAGCUGCUAUUUCAGUCUCCUCUUGCUUCCAGCCCCACUUCUGUGCCCGUUGAUGACCAAAGGCAGGGCUGCUGAAGGAGUGUGUGCCCCCUUCCCCCCCACCCCCCAUGUUCUGUGCUACCAGUUUGCUCCCUGCUGCAGCUUCUUGAAGAUGGUGUGUGAGGCCGUGGGGAGGCCCGUCCAAGAGGUCCCCCCUUUGCUGACCCAGAACCCUCCAAUCUGGGCAAUGGAGGAGUCCUCUUGGAGGUUCUCCCGGGCUUUCAGAACUUGAACUCCUUUCUGGUUGUCUUUGACCCUUCUUUUGUACAUUUCUUAGGCGGUUUGGACAUUUCAGCUUUUUUUAUUUGAUAUUUGUUACAGACUCAUGGAAGGUGACUUGAUCAGAAGGAUUGUUUUCUUUUCUAUUAAAAAAAAAAGUCAUCCCUGAACUUCACAGGGUGAGGUAGUCGGUCGG